AGGGUUGUCAUUCUGAUGAGGUUAUGCACUAGCAUCCACUACUGAAAGUGCUCUCACGCUCCAUGGACAUGUUGAGAAAACUUUUGCUGCUCUUGAUGCCUUGCAUCGUUUUCAUGACGCGGAGAUCAAAGGCAGCAGCGGCGCCCAGCGCGAGCAAAACUUUGAUCUGGGGUCCUGGACUGGAGACAAACAUUGUCCUUCCUGCUCGGUUCUUCUUCAUACAGACAGUGGACACCACCGGACGAAAUUUCACGACUUCUCCUGGAGAGAAAACAUUCGAAGUGAAAAUUACAUCUCCAACAGACCCGUAUGCCAGAAUCUGGAUCCAAAUUUUAGACCGGAACGACGGAUCCUUUUUGGUUCGGUACCGCAUGUACGCCAGUUACACUGAUCUGCACAUUCAGAUUCUGUUGAAAGACAAGCUGGUGGGGAAAUCACCUUAUGUGCUUAGAGGUGCAGUGUAUCACGAAUCAUGUGACUGCCCAGAGCCCAGUGGUGCAUUAUGGGAGAAGAACAUGCACUGUCCGGCCUCAUUCUCUCAGAUAGAGAGUGAUUUAUCCGGCUUUCCCAGUGUGGAUCCAGAUCGUAAUGCCCAUGAGAUCCUUCAGCGUUUCGGGAAGAGACACAGCCUGUGCCACUACACCAUCAAAAACAACCAGGUUUAUAUAAAAACACAUGGAGAACAUGUUGGAUUUAGGAUCUUCAUGGAUGCCUUCCUUCUGUCCUUCACGCGUAAAGUCAAGCUUCCAGACAUUGAGUUUUUUGUGAAUUUGGGGGACUGGCCCCUGGAGAAGAGAUGGCCCUCUGAGAUGCCCAGCCCAAUCUUUUCAUGGUGUGGCUCCAAUGACACACAAGACAUCGUCAUGCCAACCUAUGACCUCACCGAGUCUGUUUUGGAGACUAUGGGCAGAGUGAGCCUGGACAUGAUGUCUGUCCAGGGACACACAGGUCCAACGUGGAAGCAGAAGAUGAGCAAAGCAUUCUGGAGAGGGCGAGACAGCAGGAAAGAGCGUCUUGAGCUGGUUAAACUGGCACGAGCGAACCCUGCCAUGCUCGAUGCCGCCUUAACCAACUUCUUCUUUUUCAAACACGAUGAGAGCCUUUAUGGGCCCCUCGUCAAACAUGUGUCCUUUUUCGACUUCUUUGAGUAUAAGUACCAGAUAAAUGUGGAUGGGACGGUCGCAGCAUACAGAUUACCUUAUCUGCUUGCAGGUGACAGUGUGGUGUUAAAACACGACUCCAUCUAUUAUGAGCACUUUUACAAGCAACUCCAGCCGUGGGUGCACUACAUCCCCUUUAAAGCUGACCUCAGUGACCUAGUGGAGAAGAUCCAGUGGGCUAGAGACCACGAUGAGGAGGCGAAGAAAAUUGCCCUGGCAGGUCAGCAGUUUGCACGAACCCAUCUAAUGGGUGACAGUAUAUUCUGUUACUACUUCAAACUCUUCCAGAAGUACUCUGAACUGCAGGUCACUGAGCCCAAGGUUAGAGAUGGCAUGGAGCUGGUGGAGCAGCCAAAGGAUGAACUUUUCCCAUGUUACUGCGCAAGUAAACAGGUCAGAGAUGAGCUGUGAUUCCUCCUGUUCCAUCAUGUAACAGCGGCCAUCAAAUUUAGAUGGAUUUGCACCAGAAUAUGUUUCUAAGGCCACAGACUUGGUGCAUCAAGUGUCUUGUGACUGCAAUGUCUUAACUGAAUGUUGUUGUUGUUGUUGUUUUUUGUAUUAAAUCUUUCUAUUUCUA